CUCAUCUACCUCCUCCUUGGUAAAGACCCACCAGACAAGAGACACAGCACCGGCUGUGCUGAACGAUCAAUACGAGUGAUACGUAUAGGCAAAGAAGGAGAGGAGUGGAGUGAAAUAUCCACUGAAGAGUUCAUGAAGAUGAUUGCAGAAGCAGUUCCUAUUCUCUAUAAACAUCCAGAAGAAGAAGAUAAGAUGGAAGAAGAGGUGAGUAAAGGAGGAAUUGAAGUAGCUAUGGAGAGUGAACCGGUUGAAGAACACGAGAUAGAGGGAAUGGUCGGAGAAGGCAUGAGUGAGUUUGACAACUUUGCUCAACAUAGUACUGAUCAGGGUAUGGCUAAAGACAAGAGUGAUAAUAGUGCAAAGAGUAGAAGAGAAGUCAUGAUGAUGUGAUUUCAGAGACUUACAAGCUAGUGGGAAGUGGCAAGACAUCACGUCGUCUACUCGACAUGGAGAUGAUCUACCUAACAGACUGUGGAGGCCAGCAAGCCUACUGGGAUCUUGCUCCAAUCUUCAUGCGUGACACCGCGGCCACACUCUUUGUCCACCGACUGUGUGAGAAACUUGAUGAAUAUCCUCUCAAUGAUCUGUACCAGAGUGGGAAAAGAGUUGGCGAUGAACAGAGAGCUAGACUCACCACUGCACAGGCCUUC